ACAAAAACAUUUUUUGGCGCCCCGCCCUUUUUGUUCACUUUCAGAGACACCUUGUUCCUUGUUGGCGGGUGGGUGGACUUUUCAGUCAGAAGGUUUCAAAACCAGUGGCAUUCUUGUCAUUUCACCACUCACACAAGCUAGGGUUUCAAAACCCAUUUAUAAAGUUUGUUCUUUUAGAUCUGCCAGCGUGCAGUCUGAUUUGUGUGCCUGUCGUUUCUCUCUCUCUCUCUUAAUGUCGGUUCGCUCAAAAUCGACGACACUCUUAUCAUAAUUAUUAGCCAUCUCAUUAACAUUGUACUUGCCGAGUUAAUGAUCUGCUUCUACUUUGAUCUCUCCCUCCAAAUCCACAAUCUCUUUUAUGUUUUCGAUCAGUAGAGCUCUUACUGAAUCCAUCCCCACUUCAAACUACAACUACUGCUCAAUCACCAGCUAUUGUUAUUCAACACCCAUUUGAGGGAGUGGGUUGUCUUGUCUUCAGAUCUCAAGUUGAGGAGUUGCUUAUUUACAAUGCUGGAUCCAUGUGAGAGAGGAUCAGAGUCUGAAGAAAUGAGUAGCAAAUCACUAGAAACCGAGAGCCCACAGAAGAAGACUUGUGCUGAUUGUGGCACUUCAAAGACUCCACUUUGGAGAGGUGGUCCAGCUGGUCCUAAGUCACUGUGUAAUGCUUGUGGGAUUAGGAGCAGGAAGAAGAAGAGGGAAAUUUUAGGGUUGAAUAAGGGAGGGGCAGCAGCAAAUGACAAGAGAGCCAAGAAAGGGAGCAGUAACAAUGGCUCAAGUAAUUAUAAUAACAAUAACAAGCAAUUAGGUGAUGGACUAAAGCAGAGAUUACUGGCUCUGGGUAGAGAAGUCCUGGUGCAAGGAUCAACGGUGGAGAGGCGAAGGAGGAAGCUAGGUGAAGAAGAGCAAGCUGCAGUGUUAUUGAUGGCCUUAUCUUAUGGCUCUGUUUAUGCUUGAGUUGAUGAUUUUUGUGUAGGCGGGGGAGGUUAAUAAGGCGAUCAAGAAUGUGUUAGCUAACUAAGAAUGUGUGGGUUCGGGUUAAUUUUUUUUAGUAUCAGGUAUUUUUUAGGUGUUUUGGGCUAACUGUACCGGAGAUUUGUAGCAGUGUCGCAAGAGCUCAGAAAAUGUUGAGACUUCAUUCUAUUUUUUGCAAACAGAAGCAGACCACUCGCUUGUCUCUCUGUCAUGUUUGGAUGUUAUCAUCAAUCUUCGCCAUUGCUCCAACCUCCCAAGUGCUCUGAGAUUAAGAAUGUGUGGGUUCGGGUUAAUUUUUUUUAGUAUCAGGUAUUUUUUAGGUGUUUUGGGCUAACUGUACCGGAGAUUUGUAGCAGUGUCGCAAGAGCUCAGAAAAUGUUGAGACUUCAUUCUAUUUUUUGCAAACAGAAGCAGACCACUCGCUUGUCUCUCUGUCA